AUGGGGCGGAAUGUAAAUGGCCUUGAAGGGAUUGACCUGACUGCAAUGAGGGCAGGACCGCAACUGAAUAGUGCCCAACAUAAUUUACUGAUAACACCGGUCACAGAACAGGAAAUCGUUGCAGCUCUCAAUGGCAUAGGGAAUGAUAAAUCGUCGGGAGUUGAUGGAUUUGGAGUGUACUUCUUUAAGAAGGCUUGGCAGGUUAUUAAGAUUGAUGUGACGAAAGCUAUUCAAGAGUUUUUCGUAGAUGAUAAAAUCUACAAGGCUGCUAAUUGCUCAUUAGUCACUCUCAUCCCGAAGCAUAAUGGUGCGAAGGAGAUUAAGGACUAUCGACCCAUAUCAUGUUGUAGCACUCUGUACAAAAUAAUUUCCAAAAUUCUUGCAAAUCGAUUGAGUAAGGUAUUGGGAUUUAUUGUUGGUGACAACCAGGCUGCAUUUGUAAAGGGUCAAAAUAUACAUAAUCAUAUCCUCCUCACAUAUGAACUUAUCAAAGGAUACGAAAGAAAACAUAUUUCCUCGAGAUGUUUUAUGCAAAUGGAUAUCAAAAAAGCCUACGAUACGGUUGAUUGGUUUGCGUUGGAGAGUAUUUUCAAUCAGGAAAAUGAUAAUUUCAAUUAUCAUCCAAAAUGUGAUAAGUUGAAAAUCACGAACUUAUGCUUUGCGGAUGAUUUAUUGUUAUUCUCUAGAGAUAUUGAUACAGAGACAAAAAGAGCCAUCCUGCAAGCUACAAAGUUCCAAGAAGGAAGGAUGCCAUUUAAAUAUCUUGGUGUUCCAGUUACAGGUAAGAAGCUGGCUACUCAUCACUACCAACCGUUAAUUGAUAAAAUUCUCGAUAAGAUUAAGCACUGGACUGCGAGGUUGCUCACUUAUGCGGGGAGAUUGCAACUUAUCAAUAGUGUGAUGUUUUCAAUAUGGAACUAUUGGCCAAACCGUUUUCCUUUUCCAAAGAAUGUCAUUCAGAAAAUCGAGAAAAUCUGUCGUAUCUUCCUCUGGACAGGGGGUUAUGAGGGAAGUCGUAAAUUACCUAUCACUUGUAAGAAUGUGUGUAGACCGAAAUGCUAUGGGGGGAUGAAUAUUAUUGAUAUAGAGUUGUGGAAUAAAUCGAAUCUGAUUCGCCUUCUCUGGAACUUAAGUGGUAAAACGGAUUCGCUCUGGAUUCGCUGGAUUCAAGCCUAUUACGUCCGAAACAAAAAUCUGAUGGAAAUCGGUACCAGGUCGAAUGAUACAUGGAUCAAGAAAGCUGUUAUGAUGCAACGAUAUGAAGCUAUAAAGAUGCAGGAAUGGCAGGAAAUUAAAUAA